GUGAAACAAAGCCUUGUUCAUAUGGAAAACGCACUAUCCCCAAUCUCUCUCUCUCUCCUCUGUUAAUAAAUAAUCUCUGUGCAUUUCCAAGUUUUCUCUUUUCUUGUGAGUUUGAUGAGAAAGGGAUAAGAUCACCAAGUACUAAAACAUUUUGAGGCAUUAAAAUUGAGAUUUUUUUUAUAAAAAUAAAAGUUGAUGAUGAAGAGACUAAGUAGCUCAGAUUCAGUGGGUGGUCUCAUCUCUUUAUGUCCUACCACUUCCACAGAUGAGCAGAGUCCGAGAAGAUACGGUGGGAGAGAGUUUCAGUCGAUGCUUCUCGAAGGUUACGAGGAAGAAGAAGAAGCCAUAGUUGAGGAAAGAGGACACGUGGGGAUGUCGGAGAAGAAGAGAAGGUUAAGCAUUAACCAAGUAAAAGCCUUGGAGAAGAAUUUUGAGUUGGAGAAUAAGCUUGAGCCUGAGAGAAAAGUUAAGUUAGCUCAAGAACUUGGUCUUCAACCUCGUCAAGUUGCUGUUUGGUUUCAGAACCGUCGUGCUCGCUGGAAGACAAAACAGCUUGAGAAAGAUUACGGUGUUCUUAAAAACCAAUACGAUUCUCUCCGCCUUAACUUUGAUUCUCUCCGCCGUGACAAUGAAUCACUCCUCCAAGAGAUUAGUAAACUGAAGACGAAGCUUAACGGAGGAGGAGAAGAAGAAGAGAACAACGCGGCGGCGGCGACAACAGAUAGUGAUGUUUCCGUGAAGGAAGAAGAAGUCUCGUUACCGGAGAAGAUCACAGAACUGCCGUCGUCUCCUCCGCAGUUUCUAGAGCAUUCCGAUGGUCUCAAUUACCGAAGUUUCACGGAUCUACGUGACCUUCUUCCACUAAAGGGGGCGGCUUCUUCGUUCGCAGCAGCUGGAUCUUCAGACAGCAGCGACUCAAGCGCUCUUCUGAACGAGGAAAGCAGCUCUAACGUCACGGUGGCGGCUCCGGUGGCGGCUCCCUCUGGUAAUUUCUUCCAGUUUGUGAAAAUGGAGCAGACAGAGGAUCAUGGUGACUUUCUGAGUGGUGAAGAAGCUUGCGAGUUCUUCUCCGAUGAACAACCGCCGUCUCUACACUGGUACUCCACCGUUGAUCACUGGAAUUGAAGAUUGUGAGAACACCACCGGAAGAGAUUUUGGAUUGGAUCAGAUGGGCUCUCUCUCUCUCUCUUUUUCUCUGUGGAAUCGAUGGAGAAGAUUGGGAAAAAAAAAACAGAGGAGGGCAAAAUGGGAAUAAUGGUUAAAAUUGAAGGGUGAAAGGGAAAACAAAAUUAAGGAAGGGUUAAACCUGGGCGGGAAUAAAUAUGUGGGGUGAAUUUGUAAUUAGUGCUUUUUCGUGCACUUCUUGUAAUUAAAGGAUCAUCAUCAUCAGAUCAUGAGAAUUGAGAAGGGGUUUUUAAGGAGAAGAGUUCAACUCAGCAUGGAAUCUUUAGAUUUACAAUCGACUCUAUAAGUCUUAAAUUAUACAAUUUUUUACCCUCAAAUAAAAGCUUGAAGCUCAAAAA